AUGGAUUAUACACCGCUUCAUUCUCAUCAAGAAAUACAGCCCCAUGAUCAUGAGCAUCAGGCGCAGACAGCAACGCUUCUGUGCUGCAGCUGUGGUGUUCCUAUUGAUGGAUCUGGAGGUAUGGUUAUGUGUUACGACUGUAUCAAGUUAACUGUUGAUAUCACAGAGGGCAUACCCAGAGAAUCUAACGUUUCAUUUUGCAGGAAUUGUGAGAGGUUUUUGCAACCUCCUGGUCAAUGGGUGAGGGCAGAUUUAGAAUCCCGAGAGCUAUUGGCUAUUUGUUUGCGCCGUUUGAAAGGUUUGACGAAGGUCAGAUUGAUAGAUGCAUCAUUCAUCUGGACAGAACCGCACUCUAGACGUAUCAGGGUAAAGCUAACCGUUCAAGGUGAAGCUAUGUCAAAUACCAUCAUUCAGCAAACUUUUGAAGUAGAAUAUAUUGUAGUAGCCAUGCAAUGUCCUGACUGUGCAAGGUCGUACACUACUAAUACCUGGAGAGCAACGGUUCAGAUUAGACAGAAGGUUCCUCACAAGAGAACAUUUUUAUAUUUGGAGCAGUUGAUCUUAAAACACAAUGCUCAUGUGGAUACGAUCUCCAUUAAAGAAGCUAAAGAUGGUUUGGAUUUCUUCUAUGCUCAAAAAAAUCACGCCGUCAAGAUGUUAGAUUUCCUAAAUGCUGCCGUACCACUUAAAUACAAAAAAUCUGAAGAAUUGGUUUCUCAGGAUAUUCACACAGGUAGUUCUACCUACAAGUUUUCAUUUUCCGUUGAAAUUGUCCCCAUUUGUAGAGAUGAUUUAGUUGUAUUACCAAGAAAGUUAGCGAAAUCUCUGGGUAAUAUAUCACAAUUUGUCGUUUGUUCCAAAGUCACAAAUACACUUCAAUUUUUGGAUCCUAACACAUUACAGGUCGCAGAUUUAUCAGCUCAAGUCUACUGGAGAAUGCCGUUCAAUUCACUGGCAGACGUCUCCCAAUUGGUAGAGUUCAUAGUAUUGGACGUUGACCCAACUGGUAUAAGCAGAGGCAAGUACGUAUUGGCAGAUAUUACAGUCGCAAGGGCUUCAGAUUUGGGUGUUAAUGAUCAAGUUUACUACGUGAGAUCUCAUCUGGGUGCUCUUUGUCAUGCAGGUGACAGCGUAAUGGGAUACUUUAUUGCAAACUCGAACUAUAACUCCGAGUUAUUCGAUGAUUUGAAUAUUGAUCGUGUUCCAGAUGUUGUGCUCGUCAAGAAACUAUACCGUAGACAGACUAGAAAGAACAGAAACUGGAAAUUAAAGAGAAUGGCAAAGGAACAUAAGGAUAUUGAUGCCGCUCAAGACUAUAGUUCAAGGGCUCAAAAGCAAGAAAUGGAACGUGCUGAAAGAGAUUACGAAGUAUUCUUGCAAGAAUUGGAAGAAGAUUCAGAACUCAGACAAAGUGUUAAUCUAUAUAAAAGUGGUGCUGUCCCAGCCUCGGGCGAUCAAGAUGAAAUGGAUGACAACGAAGAGGAUGCUCCGCAAAUUGAUAUAGAUGAAUUGUUAGAUGAGCUGGACGAUAUGACACUUGAAGAUCAGGGCGCGGAUGAACAUGAAAUGGGUCUGUAA